UAACAACAAUUCAUAAGAAGCUAAAACAGAAGCAAACCAAACCAAACCAAACUCUCCAGGGUGGAUCUCCAGCUGUGACUUGGGGGCCUCUUCCACCGAGCGUGUCACGCCUGAGCCUUGGGCAAGCAGGGGCUGACGUGGACAGACUCCGGCGUAGAGAAGACAGCCGUGUCCUUCAGGCCGCACAUAAAAGGCGAAACGGCGGAGCGGCUGGCAAACGCCUUCAGCUUUGCAUGAGAAACGAGAGCCGAGAGCAGACCACACAGCCUAAAGCGACAGCCAUGCUUCCAGCCACCUUCAAGCUUUGUGCGGGCAUCUCCUACAGGCACCUGCGCAAUAUGACAGGCCUUCAGAAGACAGCAGCCAUCGCCCUCAGCCACAAGUUGCAGAGAUUUGCUGACCCGGGACCUGGGAAUUGGAUCAGCCAAGUGCGCAGGAGGAGCUCUCUGCUGAGCUGCAGGACGGAGGAGAAGCGGCCGUACAGCGAGGUGGAGAUGUCCUACGUGAGACAGGGAGAGGAGGCCCUGCAGAAGUCUGCGCACAUCCUCGGCGACUUGGAUGGCUGGAAGACGGAGACUGUGGCUCCUAAUGGUGACCGAGUCCUAAGCAAAGUGCUGCCUGAUGUUGGCAAAGUAUUCAAGCUUGAGGCAGUCUUGGAUCAGCCUCUGGACACUCUCUACACAGAACUGGUGGAUAACAUGGAGAGUAUGGGAGACUGGAACCCCAAUGUGAAACAAGUGAAGAUCCUUCAAAAGAUUGGCCGAGAUACUAUGGUGACUCAUGAAGUUGCCUCCGAGACUCCUGGGAACAUUGUCGGCCCCAGAGACUUUGUGAGCGUGCGUUGUGCCAAACGCCGUGGAUCCACCUGCUUCCUUGCUGGCAUGUCGACUAAAUACUCUAGCAUGCCAGAGCAGAAGGGCGUUGUGAGGGCUGAAAACGGCCCCACAUGCAUUGUCCUGCGGCCAAAUGCAGAAGAUUCGACAAAAACAAAAUUCAUAUGGCUGCUCAGUUUAGACUUAAAGGGUUGGCUUCCAAAAACCAUCAUCAAUCAAGUUCUGUCCCAAACACAGUUGGACUUUGCACAGAAUCUGAGAACUCGCAUGCAAGAAGGUGCACCCUCUGUAGCUGUCGCCUGCUGAGCUCACCUGUAAAUGUACACCAACUUAUGCCAUUCAUGGUGAUGACACAGAAGAAUAGCUAAAUACUCUGCUUAAUUAAUAGGCUUUCAACAAUUACGUCAAUUCGCUUCAGCCUCUGAAAUGCUCUUAACCUAAGUGUGCUUUGAUGAAUUAGUGUUAGGACUGUGGCACAUUUGAAAAGAAGCAUGAAACUGAUUGCUCUAUUGAAGGAAAUGCCCAAUUACUUAGGUGAAAUGCAAUGAGUCUGAAACAUCUAAAAGUUACAGAGGAACUAAUAACACUGCACUUAAUAUCAUACCACGACAAUCAACAAGCAAGCAAUGUCAGAAUUACAAUAUUAUAUAGGACAGCAAAGACAAAAGAUGACCAGUGCAUAGGCCUUCAUAAACAUCAAUGGCUUCAUAGCUUGUAAUAUUUAAAGCAAACUUCUCACUCAAACAUUAGGGGAGGUGCAGAUAAAGCUCUGAAUGACCACUGUGGACAACCAGUCACACAAUCACAGUUAAAGGGAUCACUGGAAAGGUACUUCUGUCUUAAUCAAUUUGCUUUUAGGUACUGUUUAAUAUUAAAAUGUUAAUAUUGCUAUGCCAUGUCUUAGAGCAGCUGUAGUCAGUUUCAUCGGUUUGAGGCCGAUCAUUUUGAAGGAAAUAGUCAUUUUUCAAUAAUAAAGGACAAAAUUUAUAAAAGUCAAUGCAAUCAUCCCAGAAGCCAUAUUUAUUAGAAAAUGUUUUAAAAAGAAAAAAGGUAUAAAUCAAAAGUGCAAGAAAACAGCUCAAACUGUCCAAUACAUGGCAGAAAAUAUAAAAAUGUAGCAGAGGAUGUAAUUAAGUAAAUAAAUCCUUUAUAAGCAUAAAUUGCAGUGACAUUAGGAAAGACUAAAGAAACUGAACAUUUUCAGUUUAAACAAAGAUUAAGAAGCAACUUGAUUUAAAUUAAUAAAAUUAUGAAACAAAUUAGCUCAGUGGAUCCCAGUUACUUUAAAUGAAUCUGAGAAAUUAGGCAGAGAAGACUACUGAGCUUUGUUGGGCUGAACGGCCUUUCCUUCAAAAUUGUUAAUAAGGUUCUACUGAAUUAGACAGAAAUUCAAACUUUGCAGGCAGAAUCACAUUAGGGGACUUUGAUGCCAGUCUAUGACGUUGGAGCAGAUGGCAAAACUAAUACUGAAAGACAAGCAAGCAGCUUUUAGUCAGUAGAAUGAUGGGUUAAGCAUUUUUCAUAUUAGUAAAUGAUUUGCUAUGCAGUGAUUUAUGUCCAAAUAUAAAUCAAUUGUGAGAAAAAGAAAGAAAAAACGUUUGCAGCAAGGUCAAUUAACUUUUCCAAAUUACGUUAUGAUGACUUAAAGAUGGAGAACAAAGUAAAGAAUUCAGUGGCCCUUGAAAGCAUUUUAAUCAAAGCACAAACACUAAAUAAACUGAAUGUUACUGAGCAGUCAUAACAGAAUGGAAUUAAUGCUAAAAUCAGUUGUCUUUUGCCUUAAAUAUCCUAGAGAUGCACAUUUUCCA